CACCUCCGAUUGACCCCUCCACUGCCACUCUGGAGACACGUCAGUCCUCAUAGGCGGAAGCCAGCAAUCUCAGCGCCUCCCAUUGGCUCAGGCUCACUAUCACAACGCCCUCUCUGAAAGCAGGCGGAGGCCCGGCUGUCCGCACGAAGAGGGAUCACAUGUGUCUUCUUUUGUUAAUGAAGAUCUCCCCAGGAACAGAUAAGUCAGCCUGCCUGCUUUCAAAAUAGAUACCUGGAUGCUAGCAGCCCCAGAAAUACCUCGCAACUGUCCAGUAAAUCAUGUUGCUGCCUCCUCUGAGCAUCCUGUUUGGAUUGGCUGCCUACUGUUCAUCUUUAGAUAAUGGUUUACUGAGGACGCCACCAAUGGGCUGGCUGUCUUGGGAACAUUUUAGAUGCAAUACUGAUUGCAAAACUGAUCCUGAAAACUGCAUCAGCGAGCACUUGAUCAAAAGUAUGGCAGACAAGAUGACAGAAGAUGGAUGGAAGGAGCUGGGUUAUGAAUAUGUGAACCUUGAUGAUUGCUGGUCUGCAAAGGAAAGGGAUUCACAGGGUAGGCUUCAGCCAGACCCAGACAGGUUUCCAAGUGGUAUUAAAGCCCUUGCUGAUUAUGUUCAUUCCAAAGGGCUGAAAUUUGGAAUUUAUAGUGACCUGGGUAACUACACCUGCAGUGGCUACCCUGGCACCACACUGGACACCAUUGAUACAGAUGCCAAAACAUUUGCAGAAUGGGAAGUUGAUAUGCUGAAGCUCGAUGGCUGCUAUUCCAACUCAUCUGUUAAAGCGAUAGGCUACCCAAAGAUGAGCAUUGCUCUGAAUAAAACAGGAAGACCUAUUGCUUAUUCAUGUAGCUGGCCAGCCUAUGAAGGAGGGCUUCCCCCAAAGGUAAAUUAUACCAUACUUGGUGAAAUUUGUAACCUCUGGAGAAAUUUUAUUGACAUCCAGGAUUCCUGGGAGAGUGUUCUAAAUAUUAUUGAGUGGUAUGGAAAUAACCAGGAUAAACUGCAACCUGCAGCUGGCCCAGGAAGAUGGAACGAUCCAGAUAUGCUGAUUAUUGGUAACUUUGGCCUGAGUUAUGAGCAGUCAAAAGUGCAGAUGGCAUUGUGGGCAAUCAUGGCAGCCCCUCUCUUUAUAUCCAGUGAUUUAAGGACAAUCUCUGAGGAUACCAAGUACAUCUUGCAAAACCAGCUGCUAAUUUAUAUAAAUCAAGAUUCUCUGGGAAUUCAGGGACAGCGUAUUAUGCAGAGCCAUCAUUUUGAAGUAUGGAAGAGAAUCCUGGUCAAUGGACAGUUUGCAGUAGCAGUUAUGAACAAUGGCACUGAAGGAAUACCGAGACUUUUUGAAACCAAUUUAGCACUGAUGGGUAUCCUGGAUUGCAAGGAAGGAUACAAGAUCUACGAUGUUUUGGAGCAAGUGUUCUUAGGAGAUUUUGCACUGAAUACAACUCUUAACAUAAAAGUUACUCCAACUGGGGUAGUCUUGCUGUUUCUCAGGCCUCUGUGUUCUUUCACCGACUUUACAAAACCAGUCUUGAGAGCCUAAGCACUUGUACUGCUAUAAAGAGAUGUUAACUAGGGUAAUUACAAUCGAGUUCACUGUGGAUGGGAGCUAGAGUAUAGGAGUUUUGUAUCAGAAAGAUAUCAGAUGCAUUAUCUAAAAUGCAUUUGAAAUGUCUGUCAUCUUUCAACUAUUACUAGACAAGUAAGUUCUUGAAGCUGCUUGAAGUGCUGCUGUAAGUUCUAUAUUAAAUAUAUUCCUCAAGGAAUAGGUUGGGUGUGCAGAAGAGAAGAAAAUAGCAUUUUCUGAGCAGUACAAAAACCAAGUGGCUGAUCUUUGUUUGUUUAAAAGCAAACAAACAAAGAGCCACUUUGAACCCUUCAGACCUUUCCUUAGAUAGAUAUGGAAAUAUAGUACAUAUACCUUUAUUUAGAGACACCACAGAGAUUGCUAGACCUGAAAUAUAAUAGUCUCUCCUUUUCUCUCACCACUUUUUUUUUUCUUUACACUGAGUUUCAGGAUGUUCCCCAACUGAUGAUGAAGAAAUUAUGUAUUUCAUAAUGAAGACUGCAGUCCAAUAGGAGCUAAAUGAACUUAGAUAGUUAACAAGAUAUUUAAAAGAUAUUAAAAUGAGAGCACAUAUGUGCUACCUGAGGAAGAAUGUGGUCCUUAAACUUUUGGCCAUUCAGCCACAUGAUUGAGAACAAACCUAAGAUGCUAGGCUUUUGCUGCAACUUGUAUUUAAGAAACAAAAUGUGAUAUUAGGACUUCCAUAGUCUCCCUUUCUGCCAGCUCUGUAUUUAAGAGCCAAACAAACACAAGGCUUGAAGGCAGUUUCAGACUAUGCAGACCUUUUCCUGGGGCAGUGGUAUUUAUGGAGUUUUCUUAAUAACAGGACAUAUAGAAUACAAGUUGUUUGGGUGUUGGCUUGUGGUGCAGACUCCAUUCUAUUUUGGGGCUGUCAGCUUUGAUAGAGCAUUUCUUUAAAAGAUUACAGCUUUAUUCUCUGCAUAAGCAGCUGAAAGGCAACAUGCUCUAAGGGCCUGAAAAUGCAGAAUUGAGAGCUAAGAACUUAUUGCUGCUUUGCCCAGCAGUCGUCCUUUGUGGUUUCAACUGUUCCUUGCCUGGGUUUCCACUUCUGUAAAAUAGAACUCUGAAUGCUUUCCUACCUCACAGGCAUGUAGCGAGAAUUGAUUUCUUUUCAUGUAAAGUAAAAUGCAAUUGCUCUAUAAAAUCUUGCAUCUUAGGCUUUUGAUAAGGUAAUUUUACAGCAUUUCCCUUCAGUUCAACAACACAGUAGUGGUUUAGCUAAGGGAAGAAUCUGCCCUAAGGUGUAUUCUAUCUAUUCACUCAUGUCUAAAAGUUUCACUAGUAAUCAGUUUUAAUUUUCAUCUUAUUGCAAUUUCAUCUUAUUGUACAUAGGGUCAGGGAACCUCUUUUUAUAGUUAAACUGUAACCACACCUUGUUAUGCAAAGUGCAAUUACUUUGAAUGAAACAAAUAAAGUGUUCUUUAAACAGU